AUGGUGAAAACACGCCAGCUCGAGAAGAGCGAGGACGGCAGGUUCUGGAUGGCGGGCGCGACGGCCAUCGUGCGAAUAACAGUGGCGAACGGCUGCGGCCACGAAGAUGUCGGCAACUCGCACAUGAAGGACAGGGACAAGGGAGAGGUCCUCAGCAGGGUGAAGAAGGCCGCGGUCACCGACGCGAAGAAGAGAGCGCUCAGGCUCUUUGGCACCCAGCUGGGCUCGCAAAUGACGGACAAAGAGGGCUUGAAGGAAACCGAGAUCACCCACAAACAGAACCAGAGAGAGCUCAAGGCCAACCAGCAGCGGGAGGCCAGAAUGCGCAAGGAGCAGAUGCAGCAGCAGCAGCAGCAGCAGCAGCAGCAGCAGUCUCAUAACGACCAGACUGGGGGGUCACCGCGUUCGGGCGUUUACCCCGCCGGGCGGCCCCCACCCCAACAGCAGCAACAGCAGCAGCAGGAGCAGCUGCAGCAACAGCAGAGAUCGCAUAUCCCGAACGGCCGGCCACACACACCGCAGCCAGGACAGCAGCGCUGCCCCCCUCUCGCUGGAAGCGGUGGCGGUGGCGGCGGCGGUGGUGCCCCACCCCCCCGAGCCAACAUUCCUCAACACUCGCCCCGAGUAGCUUCUGGCAACAGCAGCGGUGACGGUGGCGGUGGCGGUAGCGCUUGCGGUUGCGGUGGCGCCUCAAGCCCCCGCGUGGUUCCGCAGCAGAUACCUCCGGUGCCGUCGGGCGGAGGAGGUCCCCCGAUGACAGCCCCGGGGGCGGCGGCGGCAGUAGCGGGGCGAGGGCCGCUGGGCGAGUCUUCCCCGAACAAUGCGGCCGCCUUUCGAAACAGUGCCGGCGGCAGCGGCAGCGGUAGCGGCAGCAGCGCGGGCACCGCGGGGCACCGCCGAUUCGUGGACCCCGUGGUGGACCCAGGACGGGGAAACGGUGGAGGUGGGGGCGCGCCGGCGAUGCCAUCGCUUCCCGGCAGCCCCGCGUGUGACUGCGCGGUCGGGGACAGGGGUGGUGAUGGAGGCACCAGCAGGCCUCCCGGGGAGCCACCGACAACAACAGCAGCGAGAGGAGAAGGAGGAGGAGGGGAUGACGGCGGAUGCGGAGGCGAGGGGGACGAAUACGACAUGUCGCAGGCGGACUUCGGUUCGGCGUUCAUGGAGAUCGACUCCUUGAUCCAGCAACACAACACGUCCUCCCUAUCCGGGGGCAGCGCAGACGACACCCUCGCGGCGGGGGCAGGGGCAGCGGCUAGUGGGGGCGGUGCUGAUGUUGGCGUUGCGGGUGGUGGUCUGGCGAUGGCGAUACCGAUGCAGCAACGGCAGGGCCAAAACAACAACUUGAAACGAUUACGAACCUAGGCGAGGCGAAUGAAUGUACAGGGGUGUUCUGGAUGGGUGGUUGGAUGGGUGGGUAUCAUGGCAAGGUCGAACUACACGCUUACCAGAAAGUUGGAUGAUCUCAUAUUCUGGUUGAUUGGGGGGGGAGUGACGUUGAAGAUGAAAGGCGAGUUGUAAAAUGGAUUCUUAUUGUCGUGGAUAUGUUGUGUUGUGUGCGUGGUUUUACGCCGUUCCUAUCAGAGUGAAUGUGCUGGAGUGGUGCGUGUGGUGCGGUGAGUCUACAUGGCGGUCGCUAGUCUCAAAUACAACAGGGUUAUCGACCAAAACCACUCGCGGUGCUGCCUCCCUUGCUUUCUGAGUGGUGCUAUCUUGGAGAUAUCAUGUGUUUACCCUAAAGCGGAAGCCGCAGUAGUCCGGCAGACACAGAAGCAGGGGGAUAGGCGCAGCGAUCGGUGAAUUGACACAAUCAUUCGUGUCAUGUCGGCGACAAUCUACCGGGACGUGGCGGCCGACCUUGCAAAGCGUGACGAGAGGCAGGGCGGAAAAAUCGGUGAUGAACACGCGAUGUAUUCAGUCGGACGGGCGCGUAGCAGCCAGCCGGAUGCAGCAGCAUCUAUUGCAGCAAUAUCGCUGUGCAGAAUGACGUCGCCACUGAGGAAGCGGUGAUUUCGUUUGACGAGACGGGCUGUGCGGUAGUAAUCUAGCACUAGAUUCCUGAAGGGGCCACUGACACACUGAUCGUACCAAGUCUGGCGGCGGAGGGCGGGCAAGGUACAUGGCACUUGGUGUGCCUGCCCGAGGGGUGACUAGGCGGCGGCUUGCCGGAGUUGAUGGAUGUGCAAGCUUUUUGUCGUGCGUGGUGGGCAGUGCCCCCCGUCCUCUUGUGUUCUACCCGAUGUAGGGUCGGUCGUAAGAUGGAUGGCAGGCGAUGACAUAGCACAACAUGGCAUGGCAAGAAGGAACAAAAAGCUGGCAUGAAUAGUGCUGCUAUUACCGCUUCGGAUUUAUAGCUUGCUGAGUUAUUCUCCCUGGAAGAGCAGCGCUUCCAUUCGCGUCUGGUUCCGGGUUGUUAGCCUUGAGCGAUAACUCUUUACUGUUUGAGUUCUUUCGAAGACUCCUGCUGUGUAGACCAAGUGAAACAGCUUGAAAGCUGAUGAUAGACCACAGGUCUUGAGAAUUCGUGUUUCUUGCUUGGAGGGGUGAUUGGGCGGUCUGCUACGGAGUUACAGUCUUAGUUGCUACGGCCUAUUAGGGGAAACGGCCAGCGUGUUGCAGCCGCUAUGAAUUUCCACGCGAGCGCGCGCGUUGCGAGGGUGGCGUAUUGCGCGUGAAAGCAUAUGCGUCGCUGCUUUUUUGACACAUCACUACACACUGCACAUGUGCUUGCGUAGGACGAUCGUUUGGAAACUCGACUACCUACAAAGUAGAGUGCCUGCAUUUCACCAUCAUGGCAAUUGCGUUGGACCCUUGCCUGUAUUGUUGUGUCGUGAUUGAACCUCCAUGUGAUGCCAGGUCCAUUUGUACUUGUACUGCUGCAAUACUUUAGUGUUCUGUGGGAGUUGGUGCCAGACAUUGAUGGAGGGGUGAAGGAGGGGGCGAUGGGUGGAGGCCGCGUGAUUGGUUGACGCAGUCUGGAAGCAUCGCGGGCGGGUGGUGAGUGAU